GUGCACCAGAUAGAUCGAGUAAGUUGCAAAUCCGAAGUGAAGAUGUCCCUUCUCACUUAUCUAGUGUUUCUCAUCUUUGGAAUGGUAGCUCUCACUACUCCCUCCUUAGCCGAUUAUCAGAAGGAGCCUUCUUCUCCCUAUGGAAAACCACAUUCACCUGAGUACAAGCCUCCUCCAGUGAAGAAGCGGCCACCACCAGAGUACAAGCCACCAUGCCCUCCUGUUUAUAAGAAGCCUUCACCAAUGAAUAAACCACCAUCACCAGAACAGAAGCCACCAGCCAAACAGAAUCCACCAGUGGAAUACAAACCACCCACUCCCGUCUACAAGCCUCCUCCAAUGGAGAAACCACCCACUCCCGUCUACAAACCUCCUCCGGUGGAGAAGCCAGCAGUCUACAAGCCUCCUCCAGUGGAGAAGCCACCGGUGUACAAGCCUCCUCCAGUAAAGAAGCCAUCAGUGGAAUACAAACCAACCACUCCCGUCUACAAACCUUCUCCGGUUGAGAAGCCAGCACCAGAGUAUAAGCCACCAACGCCUAUGUACAAACCCCCCAAAGUGGAGAAACCAGCACCACCUAAAUACAAGCCAGCUCCUCCGUAUGGUCAUUAAUUACCCUCCCUCACCCUACCCAGUCUAAUUGAGUGAUGCUCAGUUGGAGCUAUAUAAAUAAGAGGUGCUGCAGUUACUUUGGUUA